AUGGAUCCGACGCUGUCGCAGGACAGCCUGGCGAGGCUCAUACCACCACCCGAAGAAUCCAUGCCGGUAACGCCAGACCCACCACAUGCGACGCUACCCGAGAGCGCUGCAGCUGCGUUCGCAAAGUCGCAGUCGAGUGUCCAGGACAAUAUAAACAACAUGACGCCACCACCGUCGACGCAAGUGCCUUCGUCUCAGCGCGGCAAGACUCGCACGCCUACACCUACCGUGUCGCACAUAUCAACCCCUCCACCGACCAUUGAGAUGCUGAGCCAGCACAACCAGAGUCGCAUGCUUGGUGGAUUCGCCGGGACGAUGUCUGCUGAGCAGAUUGCCAACGCAUCUGUCGAGGAGCUGCGCAACAAGAUCACGGAGAUACAGCCAGCUCUGCAGGAAGCCAAAAUGUCUGCGGCGCAUCACAAGCUACAGUACCAGAUGCUGUCGCAGGAAAGCGCGGCAGCGAUUGAGCGUAUGAGCGUCGAGGCUCGCAUGGCGCAGUACGAGAACGAGGUCAUCCACGUUGCAGAGCAAGCCCGAGCUGCCGCGACGCCUUCGCAACCCUCGCACGUCCAGGAGGGAAUGGUUCUGGUGCAGAAGGACCUCUAUCAGAGGAUGUGCAGAGAGAUUCAGGAACUCACUGAAGAACGCAGAUACCUCCGCGAGGAGGUUUCGUUCAAGGACAGGAUGAUGAGCCGACAAGACAGCGAAAUCGCCAGCCUAACGGACAAGGUCAUGCUAAUGCGCGAACGAAUCCGCGAGAACAGAACACAGCUGGACCGUCAACGGAGAUCCGCACAGUUCGACAGCACACCCCGCUCAACAUACAACGAUCCACUGCGCAACGGCGUUAGCAGCCACGAGCAACCCCAGCCCUUCGCGGCCUUACUCCAAGCCUCCGAAAUGGCCAGCCAAGAAGCCCGCCGCCCCACAGCCGCAAAGAAAGGCCACAUGCGCAACACGCACAGCAUGUCCAGCCUACCCACAACACCUCAGCGCUCUCAGAAGCAGCAGCCACUCUACCACACCCCCUACAAUCGCCAACCCCCGCUCAAAGUCCCCUCCACAGCACCCGUCCAACGCACAAGCGCCCUCCGCACCCCAGAUGUCUACGCCCAGAACUCCCUCCCCGUCACUAGACCUCCUGGUCCACCGUCCGAAGGCACCGUCUCCGCGCACGAAGACGACAGUGAGGCCGAAACCGACAUCAUCGACCAAGACGACCAGGAUGAGGUCUCAGAGAGCCAAGCUUCGCGCGCAGCGUCGCAGAUGCUGAGGUCGAGCCAGGAGCAGCAGGCGAAGCGGGAGAGCUUUUCGGGAAGGGGGAUGCUGGGGCAGUCUGGGAGUCAGGGGAUGAAGCAGACGAAGUUGUUUGGGGCGGUGAGGAAGGGGGGUGUGGAGAGGGGUGGUGAGAGGCCGGCGAAGAGGGCGAGGGUGGAGGAGGCGCCUGUUGGGUUGGGCAUUGCUGGGACGCACGAUUUGAUGACUACGACUUGGGUGAGCAGUCAUCAAGGACGGGCUACCGUUGCGAGGGAGGACUUUGGCACGACCUCACUGGACUCCUUCGACCAAGCGACCCGUAUACCGUAUACGCAACGUCAACCUCACGAAAUCACUCUCACUACGGACCCUUCGACGCCUUGCUCCUUCGUCAGUUCCAGCGCAGAGAGGUAA